AUGGAACUGGGAAGUAAUGGUCCAUUUGUGUAUAUCCUCUUCGUUCUUACUCUGCUAAUUAUAAUUUACAACUGUGACGAGUGCACUGCUGAUGGGGGAGAUACUCUUUCGUUGGGUGCCUCGCUAACAGGAAUGGCAGAAAAGACGGUUGUUUGGGUGGCUAACAGAGAGACUCCCGCAAAGAAGAGGCCCGGGGUUUUGAAGCUGUCCACACAAGGUAGUCUGGAUCUGUUUGAUGCAGAGGGUGCGUCUCUUUGGUCGGUCAACAUAUCGAACAAGGCUUCACGGGCUGUGAUAUUAGAUUCUGGCAAUUUUGUAGUGGUAAGCGAUGCCAAUAAAUCUGAAAUUGCUUGGCAGAGCUUCGAUCAUCCAGUCGAUACCUGGUUGCCUGGGAUGAAGUUGGGCGGAAAGAAAAAGCUAGUUUGUUGGAAGAAUUCAUUGGAUCCAGCUCCGGGUCUUUUUUCUCAUCAGAUGGACCCGUCAGGGAUCAGACAAUUUGUGCUGAGAUGGAACAAUUCUGUACAGUACUGGGAUAGCGGAGCUUGGGAAGGCAACCAUUUCAGUCGAAUUCCAGAAAUGGGGUUGAAAGGCUUCUACAAUUACAACUAUGAAAAUACUGACUCUGGUUUUUAUGUCAGUUAUACAUUGACGCCUGCUCUUAAUGUGCCCGCACGUUUCGUCCUAGACAAAACAGGAUUAUUUCAAUUAGAUGCUUUGUUUGAUAAAAGUAAAUGGAGUGUGACCUGGUCUCAACCCGGAGAUCAAUGCAACGUAUAUAAUGUCUGUGGCUCUUACGGAAGCUGCAACUCCCAAAAUGUUCAGUUUUGUAGCUGCGUAGAAGGCUUCACCCACAGAGGCAAUUUGCAGGAUUGGUCCUCUAGUGGCUGUGUUCGACAGAGCCCCUUAAAUUGCGAUGCCAAAAAUGGCAGCACCGAUGGAUUUGUCGUCUCCAGAGCAAGGUUCCCUGAUCAGGCCGAUUUCUCUGAAUACCCUGCAACGACAAAGAAUGAUUGCGAGAAAGCGUGCCUCCACAACUGCUCCUGCACUGCGUUCACUUUCAAUACUCUUUCAGGGCCAUGCCAAAUCAGGUCUGGGGAUUUGCCAACCAUGCACAAUUCUCCAUCACAAAGCAAUUCAAAUGUCUUUAUUCGAGUAGCCGCCUCUGCACUUCCACCAUCCUCCUCUAAACGCAAAACAACAGUAAGUAUUGUGGGUGUAGUGCUUGGUGCUCUCGCAAUUGCUUUGUGUAUCUUUUCAGUUUUAAUGUGGCGGAGGCAUCGGCUACGAUCCAUGCAAAUGAUUGCACAUUCCUCCAACUCCUUUCUUAGGAUGUUUAGUUAUAGGGAGUUGAAGAUCGCAACGAGCAAUUUCAGGUCUAAGCUAGGGAGCGGAGGAUUCGGUUCAGUGUUCAAAGGAACUCUAACAGACGGCACCCUCGUAGCUGCAAAGAAAUUGGAGGGUUCAGGGCAAGAAGAGAAGCAAUUCCGAGCGGAAAUAAAUUCUCUUGGAAGCAUACAACAUGUGAAUCUGGUCAAGCUUCGAGGAUUUUGUGCACAAAGAUCAGAGAGGCUACUGGUUUAUGAGUACAUGCCCAACGGCUCUCUGAAUUCCUUACUCUUCAGUGGCAACUCCGAAAGUAAACGAAAGGUACUCGACUGGAAGACCCGAUUUGAGAUCGCACUAGGCACUGCAAGGGGGUUACUUUAUCUCCACGAAGAAUGCAGAGAGUGCAUAAUUCACAACGAUGUUAAGCCUGAAAACAUUCUCCUGGACAGCGAAUUUUCCCCAAAGCUGGCCGAUUUUGGUAUGGCGAAGUUUGUGGGCAGAGAUUUCAGCCGCGUGCUGACGACAAUCAGAGGAACGAGAGGUUACUUGGCCCCGGAAUGGUUCUCCGGUCUUCCCAUCACUUGCAAGGUUGACGUAUACAGUUUUGGUAUGACGCUGCUAGAAAUAAUUUCGGGGCGAAGAAAUCUGGACAUGAGCCUGCCGGAUUCAAACAAGCAUUUCUUCCCCUCGUGGGCGGCAGCUCAAAUUUACGAGGGGAACAUAGUUAAUAUUGUGGAAGAGGGUAUUGCAGUUGGAGAGGAGGUAGAUAUAGAAGAGGUGAGAAGAGUUAUUGAUGUAGGGUUGGUAUGCAUUGAAGAGGAUGAGAAUGUGAGGCCAAGCAUGCGACAAGUGGUUCGAAUGCUGGAAGGGAAGAUGGAGCCUCCAACUCCGCAGAUUCCGAGCGAUAGCGGUAGCAACGGCGAUAUUAUUACUUGCAGUAAUCUCAGUGGGGAUGCUACAAGUUCAUCUGUCAAACCAUUUUCAGUUUCGACACGGGGAGAAUCUUUUCAGUCUUUGUAAUGCUUAAAAAGUAAAUAUUGUGCUGGUGAAAUU